UCCCGCUGCUUCCCGGGUUCAGUGCGCAUGCGCCGCGCUGCUCCAGGAGCGCUGCUUCGGCCUGUUCCGCGGCCGCUCGGUCAUUUUCGCCUCUUUGUUGUACUGCUCGUGGAUUUAAACUCGGAUCCGACCCGAUACCCGGCCGAUUCUGGCGCCCACCGAACAGGCUCUGAUGAGAGGCUGUCCAUGAUGCUGAGCUAAGGCCGUUGGCUGCACACCCGCGGGAAGAGACGUGGACGCUGCCACAUCCACAGCCCACGCAUGGCGGUUUUAGGGAACCCCGACAUGCUGACGAGGAAGAUCAAGCUGUGUCACAUCAACGCUCACAUCACAUGUCGACUGUGCGAGGGCUACCUGAUCGACGCCACCACCGUCACGGAGUGCUUGCACACGUUUUGUCGAAGCUGCCUUGUGAAGUAUUUGGAGGAAAACAACACGUGUCCCACAUGCAGGAUUGUUAUUCAUCAGAGCCAUCCACUACAGUACAUCGGCCAUGACAGAACAAUGCAAGACAUUGUGUACAAGUUGGUACCCGGACUUCAAGAGGCGGAGAUAAAGAAGCAGAGGGACUUCUACCAGAAGCUGGGCAUGGAGGUUCCUGGCGACAUUAAAGGGGAGCUUUGCAACGUGAAGACUCAUCUAGACCAGCACAAUGGGGACGCCAAGUCAGAAGACACGCCCAAUAAGGAAGCGGGAGAGGAGAAACCAGAGGAGGACAACGACUAUCACCGUAGCGACGAGCAGGUCAGCAUCUGCUUGGAGUGCAACAGCAGCAAACUUCGAGGCCUAAAGCGAAAAUGGAUCCGCUGCUCAGCGCAAGCCACCGUCCUCCACCUCAAGAAGUUCAUCGCCAAAAAGCUCAACCUGACGUCGUUUAACGAGUUGGACAUUUUAUGCAACGAGGAAAUCCUGGGCAAGGACCACACUUUGAAAUUUGUGGUAGUGACAAGAUGGAGAUUUAAGAAAUCCCCCCUCCUGCUCCAUUACAGACCCAAGAUGGAUCUGCUGUAGCGAAAAUGGACUCUUUAUUUUUAUUUUUUAUUAUUAUUAUUUUAUAAAUGACCUGGCGUCCGCAGACUGUGCUGAAACAUCUUUUUAACCAACGUAUGCAAAGACGAUCAACCAACAGCGAGCAAACGCCACAACAAAACGACACUCACACAAGCCAGCAGCUCGGGAUGGUCCAAAAGAGGGCGGGGCUUAAACCUCCCGCGCAGAGGUUCCACUGUUGAUGUUUUUGCCGGAUCGCCCCUUCGAGCGCCAGUCGGUAUCUUCCUUGACGCCCAGAGGCGAGCUGCGCGAAACCUUCAUGGUUCCAACUCGGCACCACAGCACCCAUUUCGGGUCCCUCGGGUCCAUUCUGGAGGCGGGAUGUUUUUUCCGAGUUCCAGCGUUUGGCUCACGGACGCCUCUAGAACUCACCUACAGACGCUUUGAGCUCACGUGGCGUCCAUCAAGCGGCGCACAAAACACGGUGCUGACUCGUCCCCACCUCCACUCUGCACGCACUCCAUCUUUUAUGUACCCACUUCCUGUUAUUCCUCUCCUCAUUUUACACUUACUAAAGUUUGUUGUUUACCAACGACGACGAAACAUCAGCGUGUUCUUUUUCAGGUCAUAAAACCACACCCAACAGUCUGGAAAUUGUCGUAUUUGCCAGAAAAGAGAGAAGAAAAAAAAAGUGCAAUAUAGUGUGGAACACAUAACUUCAUGUCUGUUUCCAGUCAGGUCCUCAGGUCACUAAAUGCCUUCUGGUCCUCGGAGCGACCAGGAACUCUCAGCGUUCACUCUUGUACCCCAAACUCACGACUGGGUUCCUUUGUCCAUUUUUUCUUUUUUCUUCUGACGCUUUGUGACAUUUACCACAAAUGUCCCAGGUGAAACCGGCACUUGUUCAGGUGUCCUUUAACUGUUUUCUGCUCCCCUUUUUCCUUUUGUCUACUUUUGUAUUUAUUGCAGAUGUGUUGGAAAAUGUCAGUUUUUUUGUUUGUUUUUUUGCCGCAUUUCUUUGGAGGGGUUUGAGGGUCUUGAAUUUCUUACUUACAAAAACUACAGGAGCUUUUGUCCAAACCUAACUGUGUAUUUAAUCAAUAAAUGCCUUUAAAAGUU